GCCGAGGGCGCGGCAGGAAGGAAGUGAAGAGCGAGGACGGGAGCGAGCGGAGGAAGCUCCGCCUCGAAAAAACCCCCGGAGGUGUCGGGACCGGCGCAAAAACCGACCGGCAUUCCGUCGGGAGAAGCCGGGAAAAGCCAAACCCCCGCCCUGAACGCCGCCGAGGAGAUCCCCGAGCCGCGGGCGGGAGCGCGGCGGCGACGGACGCCGACGCCGGCACGGGAAUUCCCGCCGGCGCCGCGUCGCCCGGAGCGAGGGCGGAGGAGAAAGCGGCGGAGGAAGAGGCUCGGGACGAGGCGGGAAUCCGGGAGGAGGGCUCGGGGCUCUCGGCUCCGGCCGCGGAAACGCCGGGAUUGCGCGGCGAGCCGACGGCGGCGGCGGGCGGGGAAACGCCGGGAGCCGUCCCCGCAACGUCGCCGAGCUCGGCCGAGGCCACGGGCGCGGAAAAAAACCCCGGCGCGGAGGUCGGGAAAAUCGACGCCGAGAGGAAAAGCGUCCCGAAAAGCGGCGACGCUCCGGGGAAAAAAACGGGACGCGGCCGGGGCGGAGACGGAGAAUCCCCGUCGGCGUCGCCGAGGCGUCGCCGGGAAAAAGCGGGGAGCAGAAAAUCCCCCCCAAAAGCGCCGCUCAGCCGGGAGCCGGCAACGGCCAGCGCAGAGGGAGCGGGAAUCCCGGGGCCGGCGGGAAGAGCCCAGGCCCAGCAGGAGAAGGAUUCCCGGCAGGAAUCCCGCGGCGGAACGUCGGACGCGAGCCGGGAGCCCGGCGGGAAUGGGGUUCCCGGCGGGGGCGGCGCCGCGGCUGGGAAAAGCGGCGCUGGGAAGCAGAAGGAGGAGGACGAGCUCUUCCCGUUUAACCUGGACGAGUUCGUCACGGUGGACGAGGUGCUGGAGGACGCCGAGUCUCCGGCGACCCCGCGGCGCAACCCGCUGCGGGGGAAGAGAAAAGAAGCUCCCAGAGCCGAGCCUCCGGAGCCGGCGUCCAAGCGGAGGAAAGGGAAGAGUUGCGGAGCCGGAGGUGAGGCGUCCUUUGUCACCUUGGAUGAGAUCGGGGAGGAGGAGGAGGAGGAGGAGGAGGACCCGCGGGGCCUGGUGGUGGUGGAUGAGGUGGCGGAAGAGGAGGAGCCGUCGGAAGCGGCCAAGGACCCGCGGGCGCCGCCGACGCCGGACGAGCUCUCGGAGCGGGAGGAGCCCGGCGGGCGCGGGCCGCGGGCCGACUUGGAGGAGCGGGACCUGAAGGCCGAGCCCUUGGUGACGGUGGACGAGAUCGGCGAGGUGGAGGAGCUGCCCCUGGACGAGCCCGCCGAGCUGAGCGCCGCCGCCGCCGCCGCCGCCGCCGAGGAGGGCAAAGCCGACGGCGGGGAGCGCGCCGCCUCCCGGCUGCCCGACGAUCCCAACGCCUUGGUGACCGUGGACGAGAUCCAGGAGGACAACGAGGACAAUCCUCUGGUGACUCUGGACGAGGUUAACGAGGACGAGGACGAUUUCCUGGCCGACUUCAACCACCUCAAAGAGGAACUCAACUUUGUUACAGUCGAUGAAGUCGGCGACGAGGAAGAGGAAAGCGCUUUGCCGGGUAAGAACCCUCCCGAGGACGAGGACGACGAAGACAUCGUCGCCGUGGCAGGACCGGAAGAAAUGGGAAUUCUGGGAGACGCGAACGCGGAGGAGGAACCGGCUGAGAUCCCCAAGCCUAAAGGUCCCGCGAUUGCGUCGCGUCGUUCCGGGACUCUGCUCCGCGAUCCCGUCCCGACGCGCGUUUCUCCGGCAGCUCGGCUGGGAGCGGGGAGACGCGGAACCGAAGCCUCAGCAGAAGAAAACGGCUUUUCCCGGUGUCCCCAAGGCGCAGAGCGCUCCCAAAGCUCUGGACAUCCUGGUCCCCAAGGCCGGCUUCUUCUGCCAGAUCUGCUCCCUCUUCUACGCCGACGAACCCUCCAUGAUCAACCACUGCAGGACCCCCCUGCACCGGCAAAACAUGGAGCAAUUCAUGGCCAAGCAGCAGGACGACGAGGGCGAAGAGCCGAGCUCCAGGUGAUGGAGCUCCCCGGGAGCGACGCUUCGGGGCCCGGGCGGUUCCGUGCGUUCGGAUUCCCUCGCUCGUUCGGGGGUCGGGGAAAAAAAGAAAUCGGAGCUGGGAGCGGAUUGAACCCAAAGCUGGGAGAGGGUUGGAGCCGGGUCUCCGAUGGUCCGGCGGUGGGAGAGACGGUUGUGGGGUGUCCCCCAGAAAUAAAGGUUCUCGCUGUAUAGUUACCCCA